AUAAUCACAUCAAGAAUUUCGGCCCCUUUUAAUUCAGUUUAAUUAAAGGCGGGAAUAAAAAAGGGGCUGUUAUUUUUAUUUUUUCAUAAAAAAAAAGGAAGGUUAGGGUUUUAUCAGUGGAAAAAAAAACGUCAGGAUAGGGUUUUCAGAGCAAAAAAGGUGCAGAAAAGCUUCCCGUCGCCUUCAAUGGCGAAGAAAGACUGUAUUGUAGGUUAGUUUAUCAUCAUCUCUUUGCCUUAUUAAGUAGUUUAGGUCGAGGCCCUCCUGUUAUUCCGUAAUUUUCAAGCGGAAGGAAGGAAAAUUGUUUAUUGGCGUGUUCUUGGAGGAAUUUGGAUCUAUUGAAGCCAAUUUGAAGAGGAAUUAGGGUUCCUUUUUUCGUAAAUUAGGGCUCGCAACUUGUACUGGAUUAAGGUCAAUUGAAUCCUUAUCUGAAGAUAAUAUUGGGUUUUUCUUUGAGUAAUCAUCAGUGUAGACGGCUGAGGCUUGGUUACUGUACCCUGGAUCCUUUUCAUUUGAAUUUUAGUGAAAGGUUAGGGUUUGGAAGAGUUGAGUGGGUUUGUAAGAGUUGAGUUCAUUGGAUCUGGUAGACUAAUUGAUGCAUGGCGAUUGCUGGAUAUUUGACGUUUUAAAGGAAAUUUGGGCUCUUAGUCGUUGAUGGAUGUUUUUCUAAGGAGUGGUUUCUAGCGUUUGGGUUUACAGAUCUGAAACUUGAAGGAAUUAGGUCUUUUGACUGUGAGAGUAGUAUCUGAUUGAUCGAGGUUUGCUGCAAGCUUUUAAAGGCUUGGGCAGAUAAGUUAUUGGGUAUUAGUGCCUGCCAAUGCCAUUUGUUAAGGUUUCUCUGGAGUAUUUUGUGGCUUUGUGGAGACAAAAACUCGAGGGAUCGGUAGCAAGAGGAGAACGUUUCGGUUGUAACAGAGGGGAUGUCUUGGGCGGGUCCAGAAGACAUCUUCCUCUCUACCUCACUUGCGAGCUAUCUUGACAAAAAACUUCUUGUUCUGCUUCGAGAUGGACGCAAACUCCUUGGAAUCCUUCGCUCCUUUGAUCAGUUUGCAAAUGCUGUAUUGGAAGGGGCUUGUGAACGGGUGAUUGUAGGAGAUCUUUAUUGCGAUCUGCCACUAGGCUUAUAUGUGAUUCGUGGAGAGAAUGUCGUCCUUAUAGGCGAGCUGGAUCCUGAAAGAGAGGAGCUUCCAGCCCACAUGACUCGAGUAUCUGCCGUGGAGAUAAAAAGGGCCCAAAAAGCUGAAAGGGAUGCCAAAGACCUAAAAGGUUCAAUGCGAAAGAGGAUGGAGUUUCUCGAUCUUGAUUGAUCCAUCCAUUCUUGAAUUCCUUCUGUGUUGAGAGCUGGGGCCCCAAGCCCUGUGCCUUUGGGUUGGCCCCAUGUGUUCUGCCAUUUUGGUGAGUUUUAUGCCAAGUCUUUCCGCACAUAUUAUCGCGGAUGCUGCACAUGGAGAGAGGCCACACAAAUUUCCUCUUCGGUAAAAAAAGGAUAAAAAAAAGAAGAAAGUAGUUAGAAAUUAGAUGGUUAGUUGUGAUUUACUUGCAUUGCUGCAUGGCCAAAUUUAGUUGUUUAAAACUUGUUCUUUGUAUCAGGGUUGGUGAUGGCUUUAUGGGUUUCAUUGAGUUUUUUAUUAAUCUAUGGGUGAUUUUAGUGAAUAGAUUGUUUUUAACUUUUUCAUGGUUUAUUUUCUUGGUGUAAGGUCUUUUCAGAUGUGUUCUAGAGAGAUUUUUGGGCAGGUUUUGAGCUUCCAUCUCUCUCUUUCUCUGUCUCUCUCUUAUCUCCCGCAUUCUCUUUUCCAUCAUUGGUGGAUUUUAGGCAUUGGUGGAAAGUGAGGUACAUAAGGGUGUGGUUGAUUUUCCCAAAAGGGUUAUCAAAACUCACCAUUGGGUUUUUUGGAUUGCCUCAAGACUACUGUUCUCAUGUAUCAUCAUUAUCGUAAGUUUUUGUUUUUGUUUUGUUUUUCUUUUGAAUGUUAAGCUGUUGUUCAUGCUCUUA